CAGACAAUAUGGCGACAUUCCUGGUGUGCCGAUUUUGUAAUCGGUUGUUUCAAUCGAAGUUUCAGACUCCUGUAAAUACAAUCAGAGCUUCCAAAUUGCCAAAUAGGUUAUUUUUCUCCACACUACACGAGGGUAGAAAUGGGCUUCCUAAAUUAUUCAAGAGGCAGUUUUCAUUACAAGUCAAAGAAAAUAAAAGGACAAAAACUCAGAAAUGGACUAAAAGAGUAAUAAUAAGUGGCUCACUUAUAGCAGCCUGUGCCGGAUACUAUGCAACAUUGGAUAGUAUACGCAAGAGAAAACUUAGGGUUAUAGUGGAGGGGUUUGGUAGAUUCUGGAGGUCAUUAAUCAUAGGACUUACUAUUUCAUUAGAUUAUAAAUGGACCUUUUGGGGGUUCCCGGAUGAGGAUUCCGAGGACUAUGAGCGUGAACUGCGAAAGUGCCACACACGAGCAGCGGAGAGGAUUCUCCAUGGUUGCCUUCAGAAUGGAGGCCUGUAUGUGAAGCUAGGACAGGGAAUGGUGUCUAUGAACCAUAUACUUCCCAAAGAAUAUGUAGGAGUCCUGGAAGUGCUGCAGGAUAAGGCUCUGAAGAGGAGACCACAUGAGAUUGACCAGUUAUUUAUGGAGGACUUUGGGAAGACUCCCCAGGAGAUGUUCAAGGAGUUUGAUCCAGAGGCCAUUGCAGCAGCCAGUCUCGCCCAGGUCCAUAAAGCAGUCACACAUGAGGGUGACACAGUGGCCGUUAAGGUUCAGUAUAUAGACCUAAGAGACAGGUUUGCAGGAGAUAUCAGGACUUGUGAGAUUUUAUUGGAUAUAGUGGGAUGGAUGCAUCCAAAGUUUGCCUUCAAGUGGGUUUUGCAGGACUUAAAAGGUACGCUUGCCAAAGAACUGGACUUUGAAAAUGAGGGAUGGAACAGUGAGAGAUGUGCUCAAGACUUGCGUCACCUUCACUAUAUCUACGUACCCAAAGUUGAUUGGGAUAAAACAACUAAGAGAGUUUUAACCACAGAGUUCAUUGAUGGCUGUAAAAUAAGUAAUAUGCAAGCAAUAAAGGAUAUGAACAUCUCACUAAAAGAUGUAGACUACAAGCUAGUGCAGUGUUUUGCUGAUCAAAUCUUCCUCUCUGGUUUUGUACAUGCGGACCCACAUCCAGGAAACAUAUUUAUAAGGAAGGGUCGUGAUGGCAAGGCAGAGCUGGUACUGUUGGACCAUGGACUAUAUGAGUAUCUGCAUCCUAAGGACAGGGUAGCUCUCAGUCACCUCUACAAGGCUAUAGUGCUCAAAGAUGAAGAAAACAUGAAGUAUUACUCUGAGCAACUUUCAGUUAAAGAGUAUUACUGGUUUGCCUGUAUGCUGGUACAGAGACUGGUGCCUCUGCCAAGCAAGUUAAAGCUGAGGGUGACCCACUAUACCAGGAAAGAGUGGAAACAACUGCCAGAAGAGGAGAAAGAGAGACUGCGAGCCAUUGCCAAGGGCGUACAUGAUGACAUUUUGCAGAUAUUCCAUGACAUGCCUCACUCUUUGUGGUUUAUAUUUCGAAACUUGAACACGAUACGAGCUAUCAACCGUAUCCAUGGGCACCCAGUGGACAGAUAUACUAUUAUGGCAAGGAGUGCUAUCAAGGGCUGCCAUGUGUCCGAGGGACAGAGGAUAGGACUGCUGGGGACAGUCAGGACCCUGUGGGAGAGAUGUGUGCUGGAUUACAGCUUAUUGUCAGAGCGCUUUAAGUUUUGGAUCAUCGUGAAAUACAUCCAAGUGAUGCAUUACCUCGGAAAGAUACCUGAUGUGAUGACCAUGAUCCAGGAACAGGAAAGAAAGUAUGAGAGAUUAUGAUCACAUUCACAGAGACAUGACAUAUGUGACUUCCACUGCCUCUAACUCACCAGAGGAAAAAGAUUUAUGGAUAGUAGAAUUUCUCACCUCACCAGCGGGAUAAAAUGAUUCAUUAGUGGAUAUGAAUAUUUAACGAAUGGCCAACACACAUA